CUUCUCUGGUGAGUCUCAGGAAACUCGAGCACUUCGUAUUUACCUGUGAUUUUCUAGAGAGGGAAAGAGAGAAACUGAAGCGUUCUCUCUCUACAACCACACUCACUCUCUCUCUCUCUUUCUAAACAGGCGCUUCCAUUGCUUUUCCUUUGUGGGUUUUGUUGCUUUGUGAUCUGUCUCUGUAUUGAGCUCUGAGUUUCAUGAGAUUUAGUGAUAUUUCUUUUGAGAAAGCAGAGGAGGAGAGAGAAACAGAGACUGAGUACUUCGUUACACUUCUCCUCGCCUUCACAUACACACCUGUCUGUAGCUCCUGUUCUCACUCUGUCCCAACUUCACCUCUUCGUCUCUUGACCCCUCUCUUUCUCUAAAGAUUAAACAUUUCUCUCUAGAAAAACCAUGGAAUUCUCAGCCCACCAAUCCCACAGCAAUGGCAAGCUGGACGGCCUCUGCGUGUCCGACCCCCUCAACUGGACUGCCAUGGCCGAGACCUUCAAAGGGAGCCACCUUGAAGAAGUUAAGAAGAUGGUAUCGGAGUUCCAGAAGCCAUUGGUAAAGCUCGAGGGUCACUCUCUCUCUAUCGCCAAAGUCGCUGCAGUGGCUCGGAAGGAGCAUGAUGUGUCGGUCGAGCUCAGUCAUGAAGCUCGGCCCCGUGUCCAAGCGAGCUCGAACUGGGUCAUGGAUUCCAUGACCAAAGGCACUGAUAGCUAUGGAGUCACCACUGGUUUUGGUGCGACCUCUCAUCGAAGGACACGGAAUGGUGAAGCCCUCCAAAAGGAGCUCAUCAGAUUCCUGAACGCAGGGAUCUUUGGGGACAAUUCGGAUCUUACCCUCCCCCGGUCGACCACCCGUGCCGCCAUGCUGGUCAGGGUGAACACCCUGUUACAGGGUUUUUCAGGUAUUCGGUUCGAGAUUUUGGAAGCCAUUGCUGCUCUGCUAAACAAGGGGAUUUCGCCGUGUUUACCAUUGAGGGGGACCAUAACAGCUUCCGGCGAUCUUGUCCCGCUAUCUUAUAUCGCCGGGCUUUUAACUGGAAGGCCGAAUGCUAAGGCAAUUGGGCCUAAUGGUCAGGUGAUGAGCUCGGAGGAGGCACUCAAUUUGGCCGGGGUUCAGUCGGGGCCUUUCGAGCUGCAACCGAAAGAGGGCUUGGCGCUCGUCAAUGGAACAGCAGUUGGGUCCGGAUUGGCAUCGACGGUGCUGUUCGACGCCAACAUCCUCGCCAUUUUAGCAGAGGUUUUAUCUGCGAUCUUUUGCGAGGUUAUGCAGGGGAAACUCGAGUUCACCGAUCACCUGACCCAUAAGCUCAAGCACCACCCUGGCCAAAUUGAAGCUGCAGCUUUGAUGGAGCACAUUUUAGCUGGGAGUUAUUACAUGAAAGAAGCAGCUAGGAUCCAUGAAUUUGACCCUCUGCAAAAGCCCAAGCAGGACAGGUAUGCGCUGAGGACCUCUCCUCAAUGGCUCGGACCCCAAAUCGAAGUUAUCCGAGCCGCCACGAAAUCGAUCGAGAGGGAGAUCAAUUCGGUUAACGAUAACCCCAUCAUCGACGUUUCUCGGAACAAGGCUCUACAUGGUGGGAAUUUCCAGGGCACCCCAAUUGGGGUUUCAAUGGAUAACACCAGGCUGGCUUUGGCAGCCAUUGGAAAGCUCAUGUUUGCUCAGUUCUCGGAGCUCGUCAAUGAUUUUUACAACAAUGGGUUGCCAUCAAAUCUCAGUGGGGGGCGGAAUCCGAGCUUGGACUAUGGCUUCAAAGGAGCUGAGAUAGCCAUGGCUUCUUACACAUCAGAGCUCCAAUUCCUGGCCAACCCUGUGACCAACCAUGUCCAGAGCGCAGAGCAGCACAACCAAGAUGUGAAUUCUCUAGGUUUGAUCUCGUCGAGGAAGACGGCCGAGGCGAUCGAGAUUUUGCAGCUGAUGUCUGCUACUUUUAUCAGUGCUCUUUGCCAGGCCAUUGAUUUGAGGCAGUUGGAGGAGAAUUUGAAGGCGGCAGUGAAGUUGGCAGUUGGACAGGCGGUGAAGAAGGUCCUGACCAUGAGAGAGAAUGGGGAACUCCUUCCCUCUAGGUUCUGUGAGAAGGAUCUGCUCAAUGUGGUAGAAAGAGAAUACGUUUUCGCCUACGCCGACGACCCCUGCAGCUCGAACUAUCCACUGAUGCAGAAGCUUCGGGGCGUCUUGGUCGAGCAUGCUCUGGCCAGUGGAGAGAAGGAGAAGGAGAUGGGGAGCUCAAUUUUUGAGAGAAUUGGGCUCUUUGAGCAAGAAUUGAAGGCCAUUUUGCCUAAGGAGGUGGAGACGGCCAGAGCAAGUGUAGAGAAAGGUGACUCUGCUAUUCCGAAGAGGAUUAAGGAGUGCAGGUCCUACCCCAUUUACAAGUUUGUGAGGAGCGUGCUUGGGACUGAGCUGCUCAGUGGAGAGAGACAGAGGUCCCCUGGCGAGGAGUUCGACAAGGUCUUUGAGGCAAUCCGGGGUGGCCGGAUCAUCGAGCCUCUUCUCGACUGUGUCAAGGAAUGGGAUGGAACUCCAUUGCCCAUUUGCUAAACUUGGUGUCCCUCAAUUUAGCCCAUGCCUCUCUCUCUCACUCUUUGUCUAUCUGAUCUUCUAUCAGUUUGGCUCAACUUGCCUGCUCCCCUCUCUCUCUCUCUCUCUAAAAUCUGUUUACCUGAAGUUGGUUCUUGCCUUCUUCUCUCUCUCUAUUCCUGUUCCCUGAAGGUGGUUCUCAACCCAGUCUCUCAUUCUCUAUAUCUCCUGUCAGUAAGCUGGUUUCCCUUCCUUCUCUCUCUAGAUGUUUCAAAGUUGGUUGCCUCUCUCUGAACUCUAUUACUUUCUCCCUCUCUCUCUACUUUUCCUUAUAUUUUAUUUUCUACCAUUUGUAGUGAGAGAUGGAGGGCAUGAAGAAUGCAAUGCGUAUGAAGGUGUACAUAAAAUGUGGCUUUGUUCUUUGAAUUUUUGUCAUCUGUCAUAUUAUUGUUUGUUUUCGAAGGCUUUCAGUAUAUGUUAGUUGUGGUAAAUUUAUUGCUUCUUGGUAA